AUGGAUAUCUUACCCAUUAUUGAAAAGUCGCACAUCCUACUCUUCUGCGAAAGGCCAUUAAAACGACUCGGCGAAAUCCCCGACGGGAUAACGAACCCAGUCUAUCAACUCACAAAUGGCCUCGAGGAUCGCCUCGUUCUAGAUCCGUUGAGACACGACGACGCCUGCUGUGACAAUCCAACCUGUACCACCACAGACAACGAGGACAACAGAAUCUCUGGGCCUCGAUACUCCUGUCUAGACUGCGUCUCGGAACAAAUCGACUUCUGCUCAAAAUGUGUCCUGCUCCCAGGUCAGGGAAUCGACCACAGCCAAGGCCAUCGAUUAGUUAAACUCUUGCCGACAAUCUGUGCGGUCUGUGAAGGGGUGGUACCACUGAAGAUACAUCCUGGCGACAACUUCCGGGGUCCAUACAGAGAGUACUCGGCAUCGGGCGCGACUCUCAAGCGGGUGGCGGAAGCUAGGGCCUGUGGGUUCUGCUCGUUUGUAUGGACCGCCCUGCUACAACAUCCUUUGGACGACAUUCAGUGGCCUCCGGACGAAGAUACAAGAGUUACCAUCCGGGUGAGACAGCCGUGGUCGAGUUGGCUGGAAAUUGCGGUUGUUGUGGACGUUGGUGCAGAGGAAAGCAACUUUGAGCUUCAAGGUGAACAGUUCACCAGGAAAAGCCAGAAUGUUGGCAGCAUGGAACGGGAGCUGCAAGUUGGACCACCGAUGGAAUGGUCUCAUGAGAUGGGCAUCAACCCCCUCACUUCAGAUGAGCCGAGAUUCAAACCUGCAAGCCUUGCAAAGGUCCAAUUUAGUUCAGGUUCAGAUGAGGUGCUGCUUCUAGCGAAGAAGUGGCUAGACAACUGCCGCGAACGGCAUACAACGUGCAGCAUAUCUGGAUCAGCACUCUUACCAACACGAGUAAUCGACCUUCGCGAAGCCGAUCAAGACCGAGUUCACCUCCGAGAAAGUCAAGAUGAGAGCGGUGAGUACGCGGCUCUCAGCUAUUGCUGGGGCUCUGGGGCGCCUGGACUCCUUACUACGACAAAAAACUACCACUCUCAUCUCGAAGGCAUCGAAAUCCACGGCUUGCCGAAGACAAUUCGAGAUGCAGUCCAUGCGGCUAGAAAGCUCGAUUUGAAAUAUCUUUGGGUAGAUCGGCUAUGCAUCAUACAGGACUCUGCGGAAGACUGGGCCCAUGAAGCGGCGCUCAUGUGUGAGGUCUACUCUGGUGCCACCCUCACUCUUAGUGCCGACGGGAGCAACUCUGCAAACCAGGGUCUCUUCCAAACAGACCAAGCCCUCUCGAAGCUUGAGUAUCGUACCUAUAUUGGCCCCGAUGGAGAUGUCACUCCGAUGGUGCUCACCAAGCCGCAACCUCACCCCACGGUUUCGGGUCGCUCGCUGGACUUGAGCCAGCCCAUUGACUCGAGAGGGUGGACGAUGCAGGAAAGACUGAUGAGUCGACGGGUGCUACAUUUCACCAGUGAUGAGAUGGCGUGGGAGUGCGAUACCCUCACGGAGUGUGAAUGCCGUCGGGAGUCUGGCCUAUCCAACCGAGAACUGUCAUUGGGGCGUAAACACGACAUGCAAAGCAUUUAUGAUACUUGGCGUCUUAUUGUUCGGGCUUACGCGAAGCGAUCGUUAGCACACGAGUCGGACAAAAUGCCGGCUCUUCGAGGUCUCGUAGACAGAUUCCAACGUUUGAUGGCCCAAGGUUCUGACACUGUUCCGGAGGAGUACCUCGCCGGACUUUGGAAGGGAGACCUGGUGGCCCAGCUGGCGUGGAAGCCUCCAUCAAAAUCAGAUCUAGAUGCUUUCAUGAAAGCCACCAACCGAAGAAACGUUGAAAGCAUAGGAGAUACAAACACGGAAGACAUGGUAGCCUGGAUGGCCGUGCUGAAAGAGCGCAACAAGCAAGGAGACUGGCACGAGUCCGGAUGCUAUGUCGCUCCGACGUGGAGUUGGGCACAUUUGAGAGGACCAAUGUCCUAUCUCACCUGUCUUCCGAGCACGCCAUUCGUAUCUUACGCCGACGUCAUCGAAGCUCGAACGGUGCCUGUAAUCCAAGACGAACCGACUGGCCAACUGUGCUCCGGAUCUAUCACCUUGCGUGGCCACAUGGUGCGCGGACUAGACUUCGACUCUGCGCAGGGUAUUUACGAAGAUGGAACGGUGCAGGAUAUCUGCUUUUUGUCGCUAGAGAAGCAUGGUUAUCGCUGGUCUAUCGAGCUUGAGCCUGACGACGUUGCCGGACUGACUCGAAGGCGCGGCUAUAACUUGACUAAUAUCGUGGUGUUUCUUCUUGGAACAAAGGACCUCAAGCUGAAUGAUGGAGAGGAAGGUAUUGUAAUUGGCGUGAGCAAGCCCAGGCAAAUAUCACGCAAGCAAAAGGCAGAGGCGGACACGUUGGAAGUUGGGGUUCGAGACUUGAACAUCGUGAGUUCAGUUCCUCACGAGCUCUCCGAUGUGUUCUGCAGAGAUAUCGAUUUUGCACGGUGGUCUUCGUAUCUUGUGUUGGUUGAGUCGCUUGAGGAGGAAGGAAAAUAUGAGAGGAUUGGGUGUUUUGACGUAUGGGGUCGGGAAGACAAAGAAGUUCUUGAAUCACUCUUCGCUGAUUCAACGACGGGUCAAAUAACAAUCGUCUGA